AUGUCCCAGUUGGGAGGAGAAAAUAUCAAACUGUUGCAAAAACUGUUCAAAGGCGAAGAGGACGAUACGUCGGACGAAGAGCGCGUACAUGAUGGCCCCCAAUUCGGUCCCGGUGAUGUCGGCGAGCCGGUGGUGAAGCCAAAAACCAAACAUACGGGAGAUCCGGCGGAACACGUGAAACCGUGCUCGUAUGCUCCCCUCGAGACACAACCAGAGGUACAACCGACGACGGUUGAGGAGUGGGAGGCCCAACUGAUGCACGAAAACCGUGCACUGUUCGACUCCCGGAAGCAGCCGGAGUACAGAAUAUCCUACCGACAAACCGUCGCCACCGAGGACAUCUAUCUGCAGAUGAACUGCAAAACGCCGGCCACAUCCAGCUGCGAGAACAUGAUCGUUGAGGUGUUCUUGCGGGAAGAAGAUGACACCAUCGGCAUACACCAUAUCGAGCUUUCGGUGAAGGAACAGGGAGUUGUUGUGGGAUCACCCAAAUAUUUGCUCGAUCUCGUCCUGCCGCACAGGAUCAACCCGGACAAGGGCAACGCUGCCUGGAUCUCGGAUCAAAAAACCCUUCGCUUGACUCUCAAGAUGAAGCGCGAAUUGGAUUUCGUUAAUUUUUAA